CUUCCACGAUCUUUUAUUCCACCUACAUACCCAGCGAGAAGCAAGCAGCUAGCUAGCCUGCUCUCCACCACCACCCCCAACCCUCUCUCACUAUGUUUAUGUUAUAUCAUGUACAACAACGGAUGUGGCUAUGUGAUUUUGAUGAGUUUGGGCUGGCUGAAGACACACAAAAAGAAGAAGAACAGUCAGCCAGCAUAUCCCCAAUCAUGUCGAAACUUGUGUAUUACCACUUUUAUCACCACCACCACUACAUUCUUUCAUAUCUCCCCCUCCAUCUUUUUCUCUCUCUUAUAAUCAUACCAGAUUGGAUUCUCCCUAACCAAUUAUUAUCUCUCUUAUCUCUCUACCUAACUACCUCUCUUAUCUCUCUCUCCAUCUACCUACCUCUCUUAACGUCCUUUCAACUCACAACAUUUUCCCCACCCUUUCCCUUAUCAAUAUACCCAUCAUCAUAUGUCAAGUUCCUCAUUAUGGUCGACCUGUUUAGUGUAUAAUAUCUAAAACAAAGUUUUGUGUGUGUGUGUGUGUCUGUAUUAUAUGGAGUGUAUGUAAGUUAACAACGGGUAUCUGGACCAGCCAC